UAUCAUAUCAUGUGCUGGUCGGUCAUUGCUCUGCGUGCUGAUCUAACUGGGCGUUUGCAGAGGAAUUCACAGAUUUGUGGGCGACGGUGCUCGGGGAUUGUUCAGCUGCAGGUGGAGGAGUAAACACCAUGGUGGGAGUGGUGUGCAUGUCUGAACAGGUGAGGGUGUGACCCUCUGUGAUUGGUCAACAGGGAGAUCAAUAGCAGGACAGAUCAACAAGGUCAGAGGAGAGGAGGAAUGGCUCGAAAUGUAAACUUUGAUCUUAAUCACCCCUUGAUUGAAGCUGGACUGGAGAGCCCAGCAGAUGAAGCAGGUGUUCAUGACUCGUUCAACCAGCUGAUCGCAGAACAGAGCCAGAAUGAAGACGUAUCUGAUGCCUAUGAGCUGCAUGAGCUGCAGGAGCUGCAGAGAGAGUUGGAAGAGGAGGGUCAAGAUAAUGUGCCUUACUUGUCGAGCCCUGGACACAGGGGGGACCGACGGGGACGGACGAGAGGACAAAAUGCUGUGGAACUGGAGGACAAUGAAAGGCAAACUGACCCUCUCAUCAAAGACUACUGGUCCUCAGCUACCAUGAGGAUUCUUUCCUCCAUGCCUAGUCGCACUAUUGGCCGCAACAGAGGAGCCAUCAUCUCUCAGUACUACAACAAGACCAUGCAGCUUCGGAGACGUAGGCAGAGCCGGCCAGCCAUCCGAGACUUCUCUCGUUCAGCCAGACCAAGCAUACGAGGCUACGGCAUGGAGGGAGACGCUACAGAUGCAGAAGGCACAGAGAAGAGUAGGAGGGAGCACUUGGUGAAUAAUCUGCAGAACCUGUCGGUGGGUGACAGAGUGAGGAUGCUCAGAGCGAUGCCUCUGUGUGUGGCUGAAAAGAGUGAACUCAGGAGGUUAGCUUUACGAAAAGAAAAACGUACCCCUUCCAGCAUCAAGCUGCCUUGUUGCAGUCGACUCAAAUAUUACAUCAUCAUAGGCCUAAGACAGGGUUGGUACGGCUGGUUGUCCUUCCUGCACUCCCUUCAACUAUGGCAAGUGCCACUCAAGAGAGUUAGCGGACGUUUCGGUACUGGAGUCCUGUCGUACUUUUUGUUCCUCAAGACCCUUCUCUUCUUCAAUAUCUUCUUGUUUCUGAUCAUGGGUGCAUUUUUGGUGCUGCCUCAGGCAGUGCACCCUCCAGUGUCUGAAAAUAGAACGUCCUUCUCUGGUCUGGAGCUUCUCACCGGCGCGGGCUAUUUCACUGACACACUGAUGUACCAUGGAUACUAUUGUAACUAUACACUGCAGAGGAGUUGCAAUUUGAAUAAUUCUGACGCGCACUGCACGUCAAAAUACCACUCCUACAACAUGCCGCUGGCAUACUUCUUCACCACAGGAAUGGCUUUCUUCAUUACUUGUAUCAUCCUUGUGUACAGCAUGUCAAAGUCAUUUGGCCAAAGCUUCAAAAUUGGCAAAUCUCAUAGCAUUUUGGCGAUGAAGGCGUUCUGCUCCUGGGACUUCAAGGUCAUCAAGAAAAGCUCAGUCAAACUCAUGUCUGAAAAUAUCUCUACUCAGCUUAAGGAGCUGUUGGCUGACGUGAAUCAUAAGUACGUCAAAAAAACUGUUUGCCAGACUGUGGGGAGACUCAUGGUCCACGGCCUGGCAUGGACAAUCUGCAUUGCAAGCACCGUUGCUUGUGUGGUCGGCAUUUACUACUUCUCUGAUAAGAUGAACAAAGACCAGCAGAGUUCUCCUCAUGCCUCCCAGCAGAUGAGUGAAGCCAGCCUAUUGGCUCUGCCCGUAGUCGUGUCCCUCAUCAACCUGCUGCUGCCAGGCCUGUUCAACCUUGCAGCUUGGAUGGAGGAGUACGAGUCUCUUUCUGUGCGCACAUACGUCGCCCUCGGCCGAAACUUGAUGCUGAAAGUGAGUGUGCUCGGAGUCCUCUGCUACCACUGGCUCGGUCGGGUAGCUGCUCAACCUAACAUCACUGAUAAGUGCUGGGAGACUUUUGUUGGUCAGGAGCUGUAUCGCUUUGUAGUCAUGGACUUCAUCUUCACUUUACUGGAUACCUUGUUUGGAGAGUUGCUUUGGAGGCUUUUUUCUGAAAAAGUGCUAAAGAGGAGGAGGAAACCGGUGUUUGAUAUUGCCAAGAACGUCCUGGACCUCAUUUAUGGACAAACAUUAGCCUGGUUGGGUGUCCUCUUCACUCCUCUCCUUCCUGCAUUGCAGAUCAUCAAACAUUUGCUGUUCUUCUACAUUAAGAUGAGCAGUGUGAUGAUGAACUGCCAAGCACCCAGGAGGCCGUACAGAGUCAGCCAGAUGACCACCAUCUUCAUCACUCUUCUCUGCUUCCCCUCCUUCAUCGGUGCAUCCGUGUGUGUUACGUACACCAUGUGGAGUAUCACCCCAUCAACGUCAUGUGGCCCAUUCCGAGGGCUCAAAACAAUGUUUCAGGCAGGAAAACGAUGGAUAGAAGAACUGGAAGAAGAUAAUCCUAACAUGUCCCUGCUGGCCAAGGCGCACAGCUAUCUGGUGGAACAUCCAUUUUUUCUGUUUGUGGGAGCAGGUAUCUUUCUGAUAGUCAUCUACUUCCACAGUCAGGUGGUGGACGGCCAAAGGAAGAUCAUCACUUUAUUGCAAGAGCAGAUUGAGAAUGAGGGAGAGGAUAAAAAGUUCUUGAUCACACGACUUCAGUCAGUCCACGAGCAGAAACGAACCCCCGCCAGAAGACUCACAAGCCAGGACUCUGGGUGUUAAAGCAGUUGAACUUCCAGAAGACAAAUCUUCUAAUUUCUCUGAGCACAAUUUUCUUGUGUUUAUUUUUACAGGAGAGUAUAUAACUGGAAUAAUAAUUAUAUUAAUAACAACAGGGAAAAACAGGCAGUCAAAUGUAAUAUCCAUUGAAAGAAGUUAAGGUUUACUGGAUUUUAAAGACUUGACUAUUCGUUGGUGGAGCAACGAAGAUGAAAAUGAUCAAACAGAAAGAACAAGCCAUUUUCAGAAACCAAGCCAUUUUCAGAGAACACAUUCUACAUAUAAGAUGUUGCAAUUCAGACAACAGAGGCUGUGAGGCUUUUUGCUGUGUUAGGCUAUGAAUGAUGGUGGUAUCUGUCUAAAACGAGGGAGCAGAUGGAACUUCAUGACAGAAGAUAGGAAAAGAUCUGAGUACCUGUGUCUGGUGUUUUUGAGGCGCUAACGGAGCAGUCUGGAGGAAACUGUCAGCAGAGUAGCAACGUAGUCUUUAAGUAGGUUUCAGACCUCGUGAGGAAGCACUUUUCAUACCAACUGUGAAUAAGCAGGUUUUAGAUCGUAAGAAUACUACAAGGAUUUUAUCAGGAUUCGUGUCAUACUGUAGCUACAUUUUGGAUUCUGUGUGUUUUAGUUUGUUAUUACUGUAAAUGUUUUUAAAAUGUAUUUGUUUUUUACUGUACUUUUAUAAGUAAAUUAUGUUUUAGUUUUACAAA